CUGACUGGAGCUGUGUGUUUUUGUCCGCUCCGCUGUCAAUACCACACUACUAGCCCAAAUAUUAAUGCAAUGCAAUGGGAAUAUAGCGAUCAUGGCUAAGAAUCUAAUUGUGUUAAUUAUUCUCGUCCUGGUUUGCUUAUUUGGAACUUAUGAUGCUUUGUGGUGUAACUGCACCACAGCCCAGUGUGAGAAGACUGGCUCCCAGUGUGAGACAGACGGGGCCUGCAUGGCCUCUACGUCCUUCAUCAAUGGGCUGGAGCAGCACAUCCGUAUCUGCAUCACCCGGGACAAGCUGGUACCCCCGGGCCAGCCCUUCUACUGCCUGAGCGCUGAGGGCCUCCUCUACACACACUGCUGCUACACUAACUACUGCAACAGCCUCGACCUCAAAGUAACCUCUGUGACAACUCGGCCAGGCCUGGAGGGUGUUUUUGGCCCCGAUGGUAAAUGGGGUCCAGUGGAGCUGGUAGCAGUGGUCGCAGGGCCCGUCUGCCUGCUGUGUGUGCUGCUAAUCAUGGGUGUGUUCCUGUUCCAGUACCACCAGCAAGCCUACAGUCACAGGCAGAGGCUGGAGGUGGAGGACCCCUCCUGUGACCAUCUCUACAUGGCCAAGGACAAGACCCUGCAGGACCUCAUUUACGACAUGUCCACCUCUGGAUCAGGCUCCGGCCUCCCUCUGUUUGUCCAGCGAACAGUGGCCAGGACCAUCGUGCUGCAGGAGAUUAUAGGGAAAGGGCGUUUCGGGGAAGUGUGGCGCGGCCGCUGGAGAGGAGGAGACGUGGCGGUGAAGAUCUUUUCGUCCAGAGAGGAACGCUCCUGGUUCCGCGAGGCUGAGAUCUACCAGACCAUUAUGCUGCGCCACGAAAACAUCCUGGGAUUCAUCGCCGCCGACAACAAAGAUAAUGGCACUUGGACCCAGCUGUGGCUGGUGUCAGACUACCACGAGUAUGGCUCUCUGUUUGACUACCUGAACCGUUACUCCAUCACCAUCGAGGGAAUGAUCAAACUGGCACUGUCUGCUGCCAGCGGCCUGGCACACCUGCACAUGGAGAUCCUGGGCACACAGGGUAAGCCUGGUAUUGCCCACCGGGACCUCAAGUCUAAGAACAUCCUGGUGAAGAAAAACAGUACCUGUGCCAUUGCUGACCUGGGGCUGGCCGUGCGGCAUGAGUCCACCACCGACACCAUAGACAUCGCCCCCAACCAGAGAGUGGGCACAAAGAGGUACAUGGCCCCUGAGGUUCUGGAUGAGAGCAUCAACAUGAGGCACUUUGAUUCGUUUAAGUGUGCAGACAUCUACGCUCUGGGCCUGGUUUACUGGGAGAUCGCACGCCGCUGCAACGCUGGAGGUAUCCAUGAGGAGUACCAGCUACCGUACUUUGACCUGGUGCCCUCUGACCCCUCCAUAGAGGAGAUGAGGAAGCUGGUGUGUGACCAGAAGCUACGGCCCAACGUGCCCAACUGGUGGCAGAGCUACGAGACCCUGCGUGUGAUGGGGAAGAUCAUGAGGGAGUGUUGGUACGCCAACGGAGCCGCCCGCCUCACCGCCCUGCGCAUCAAGAAGACCCUGUCCCAACUGAGUGUCCAGGAGGACAUCAAAGUCUGAGAGGGCCCUAUCCCAAAGAUCUGAGGAGAGCACUGGGGACUCUGUCCUGCACUAAAAAAUACUGAGAGAGAUAGAGGGACAGUGUCUUUUCAGAGAACGCACAAGCUAACGACAGAAAAUGGAAACAAACAAAAAAACAUUACAUGACUCUCCUGCCAGUUUUUGUUUUUAAAGCCACCACCGCCUGAGUUGUGACAAACCCUACCUCGUCUAUUCAGCCAAAACUACUGGCAACCCCUGUCCAUCCCUUGCCCCCAACCUAUCCCACCAUUCUGACCCACAAACCUGUUCCUGCAGCCCCCUUCUCUGUUCUGUUCCUACUAAAAUGACUGCAAUUACUGAUAUUACUACUACUCCCGAUAAUGCCCAUGUUAAUCUCAAUGGCAGGAUAAACACUGAGUCUACAAAACCAUUAAGAACACCUUCCUAAUAUUGGGGUGGAACCCCCCAACCCCUUUCCCUAUGAACAGCCUCAAUUCAUGUUGACUCCAAUGCUUCCCACAGCUGUGUCAAGUUGGCUGGAUGUCCUUUGGGUGGUUGACCAGUAUUGAUACACACGGGAUAAACCCAGUAGCGUUGCAAUUCUUGAUACACUCAAACCGGUUCACCUAGCACCUACUAUGGAUUCAGCUGGUCAGUCUGUCAUGGAAAGACAAUGUUUUGUACACUCAGUGUACACUCUGUAUAAAACUGUAGUUUGGGGAUGUGUGUAAUUUAAUUUUAUACAAUAUUUUUUAUUUGAUUCACAAGUACCUAUACAUUUGUAUUUGUUUGCCUUUAUAUUGUAUUGAUGCUAUGUUGAAUCACUGAUGGCAGAGGUCUGUUUUCUUUUGUCAGGGAGUGUGUGUAUAUAGGGGGAAGAUGAGGUCCGUCUUUGAAUACUGUAUACUGAUCUCUCCGCUGUAUGUACAUACACACUGAGAAAUGGAUUUUAAAAUCCAUGAAGACCAAGUCUUCCUCAUUUAUGUGGGCAUGUUAUGUAUCAUUUAUGGUAGCAGUGGUCUGUGAGUCACAGAGAUCAGGUUACCAGAACAUAGGUUUACAGCAACCAAUGUUGUUUUGUAACUCCUAUUGCCUACUUAGAGGCAGGAAUGGUCCAUACAAACACCUGGCUCUAUGGUAUUUCAUGAUGACGGACUGUAUAGCCAUUUCGUUUUGCACGCGCGCACACACAGACGCUCUAAUGGCGGGUUGCUGUUAUGAAUUCGAUUUUAUUUGCUCACAAUACCUCCAUGUACGUUUCCCCUCAGGUUAUAUUCUCCCGGGCCAAACUUAACCACAGUCUCACCUUAAAUGGUUAGUGUGGUUCUGUAUAUAUUACCCUUUUUGAUUUGAGUUUCAUUUGACAACAGUUUAACACUGGUAACUGUUCUUGGAUGGGAGACAAUGGGAGGGGCUUAUGUGUGCUGUCAAUCAUCCACUGAUAAACCAAUGGAAUAUCUCCAAAGCAACACUACUGUACACUGUCAUUGAAAGCGCAUACUGAGUCCCUCCAACUUGAUGUCUCACAUUACUAUAGAACAGUAUUUGAUUUUGAGUCAAUACUCCAUAUUCUUCAAUUGUACUCAACCUACUUUACAUCCUUGAUAUGCAAAUUGUAAAUAGUUUGUAUAAUGAUUUACCUCAUGUCAAAUCAUAUUACCAAAUGUUAUUUUCAGGAAAACUAUGUACUGUUAGAAUUUUUGCUUUUUGUUUUGUUGACCACUUACUCAAAAGGUACUGCGGACUUAAAGCCUCUUUCCUUGUGUUCUUAAUCCUGCCAGUUUGCUGUGAGUUCCUGCAGAUUAUACCAGUGAAAGCAGAGGGUGUUUAAUAUGUUCAGUAAGCAUUUUAAUCACAGUUCCUCAGUGAUAGGUAAAUUCCUCUCCCAGAUUUCACAUUUUCAGAAAACUAAGAGUGAGGAUUCAUCAGACCCUCUGUAAAGGGUGCUUAUUCAGUAUGGCUAUAGCACAUACAGGCAGGGGUUGAACCUUUGACAAAUGAAAUACUACUGAUACUUAUGACUGCUGUUCCACAAGAAAUACUGUAUUUGUGUUAGUUAAUGACCAUGUCAUGCUCACCUGUACUGUAUUUUUUUUUAUAGUUCUUGGAAGAUGUCCAAGAACAUGUGUAUAUGUUCUUCCUGAAAAUGUGGUUGUUUAUGGCUGUGAGUGGGAGGCAGGACCUGGGUGUUUGUCUGCAUACUGUUAGACAAUCUCACCACACAUCCGCCUGUCUUUGGUCAGGGAGUGAUCCUAUGCAAAUGUCGUAGGCCAUGGUUGGGAUGUGUCCAUGGCCUUGUUUUGAGCACACACUGUUAAGGGGUGGUAUGACAUGUUGUAUUGUGUAAUGAAGCACUGAAUUAUGAACACCCAGGUCUCUAUCCAGACAUCUGGACUAAAACCAUUAACCUUUUCAGGACUAGUUUACAAUCAUGCAUAUAGCCUAGAGUAAUAAUACAACAACCGUUUUCCUAA